GCGGAAAGUGCACCUUCCACCUCGGGACCUUCUGCUUCGCAAGGCGCAAACAGGAGACGGAGGAAUCGAUCGCUGGAGAGCAGGGAGGGGGAGAAGGGAGGAAGACGUUUGAGCUACCGCGGCGCCUAGAGGAUUGUAUAGUACGCGAGUGAAGGGGGGGGGCGAAGUAUACCCUCGGCUUGAGACUUUUACACCGUCACACGAAGACGCUCCAAGCAUCCUCCACAAAACGAGACAGCGGCGCCUUGAUUAUAUUUUGCUGACACGCGGGCCGCCACGAUGAAUGCUGGAGGCACUUCAUUACGAACGUGGGUAUUAGCGGCGUUCUGCACAUCGAUACCACAGCCUGCGAGCGGGCGCGAGAGCAGCAAGGGCGGGAACCAACCAGCAGCGACAAGCGUUCUCGAUCGCGAUCGGGGGGGGUCUCCUCCGCCAAGCGGUGGGCUGUCGGGCGAGCAGCUGGCAGUGCCGGGGAUAAAAAAUCUUGGAAACACGUGCUUCCUUAACGCGGUCUUGCAGUCCCUCGCGAGCUUUCAUGUCUUCAGGGAAUACCUGGAGGACCUCCACACCUACAUGCGAGAGCGAGAGCACCAGGAGCACCAGGCGGAUAAGUUCGUUUUUGGCGCAGAACCAGUUUUAUCUACCAAGCCCCUGGAGAGCACCGUCUUCACGUGUGAGCUGCUGCAACUCAUGAAAAACCUCGAGCCGCAAGUGCCGCCGGCUUCUCCUGUCACACCCAUCAUCCCGACCAAGUUGCGAACGCUUUUGAGAGACAGAAUCGACACGUUUGGCAGAGAAGACCAACAGGAUGCCCAGGAGCUGUUCCAGAUGGUGAUGCGCCUUGUGGGCGAGGAAGCUGCGCUGUGCCUAAAAAAACGCAGCACGAGCAGUACUAGCCGAACAACUGCGCCCGGGAUACGCAUCACUGGAGGCUUUGCGGAUCUGAUGGAUACUGCUUCAAAGAAUUUGCCAGAGAAUCCGCUGCUGGGCUCCCUCAUGUACUUGCGGCACUGCAGGGGGUGCCAGCAGAAGUCGGGACGAUUGGAGAGAUUCGUCGACUUAUCGUUGACUCUACCGGAGGCGAGAAACCCCCACGUAGUAGGGCCCGGCGUGCCAAGUCCACCAGUCAACCUGGAAAAGAUCCUUGAAGAUUUCACCCGGGAGCAGCUGGUCGAGGACGUCGAGUGUCCAAAGUGCGCGAUGAGGAGCGCGAUGGAGGCACGCGAGACCCACGACGAGGAGAGCGAGAGCGAGGAGGAAGAGGAAGACGACAGCGACGACGAGGAGGUUGUGGUGCCACCGCAGAGGGUGCGGGCCGAUAUGCGAAUGUUGCUGGCGACACCGCCGAAGACACUCUGCCUUCACUUUCCGAGGCGGCAUCGAAGCCCAUCGGGAUCUGAGAUGAAACUCAAGCAGAGGGUUAUCUUCCCCGCACACCUAAACGUGGCGCGUUUCUGCUACGCGGGAGGGUGCCACACGGACAGCAUCGGCGUCCCCACGGCGUUUCAGACGAAGAGCAUGCUCGCGAACAGCCUUACGCAGCUGCCUCAGGGCCACGCCGUUAAGACAACUCCCGGAGCAGCGGGCUUGCCUCCGGAGGCGUUGCUGCCGACACCUCGACCACCUCCAUCCGCGAGCUCGCCGCCGCAGGCCAAGGCGCUCCAAUCGCCGCAGCCUCUCCCGGGCUAUAAGCAAGCUCUGGUCGGGGGAAGCGCGCAGGAAGCAAGCAUUGCUUACUCACGGAAGGAGCUGAACGGGUUGCGCAGCGGCAGCGGUGGUAGCGGCGGCGGCAGCAGCGUCUCUGGGAGCGUCGAGGGGGGACGGGACUCAAACGACGUGGGGAGUGUGUCGGGUAACGACGGAGCUAUGGAGUACGACUUAAGAGCUGUCAUCGUCCACAGGGGGAGCGCUGACAGCGGGCACUACACUGCUUUCCGCAAGGUUGACUCUGACAAGGGAAAGCCGGUAGAGGAGGAGGUACCAGCGGGGCCUGAACCGGUGUCGGAGGCACCGCGCGGGGAGAGAAAAGUGGGGGGAGGGUGUGCCAAGAAGGAGUGGGUGUAUAUAUCGGACGAGGAGGUGGAGAGGGUCUCCGAGAAGAGGGUUUUAAGCAGUCAAGCGUACAUGUUGUUUUACCGCCAGGGUUUAAGGUAGGGAUCAGGGCUGCUUGUUGUGAGAGCGUGCGUGCUUUCAGGAACCGGAACGUCCACAAGCCGGGAGGGAUAGUAUUGUAGCAUAGCUCUGGCUUGCCGUAAGAUUGUCGGUCUCUCUCAAUUACCGUGUGGUUUUACGUGUUCGUUGUUUCGUUGUCAUUGGUUCUUGUGGCCGGUACGAUUGCCAAGCGUUAAGCUUGGGUGUUACCCGGUAAACAAAAAGCGGCUGCACCACAGCAGGAAGUACACUGUUGCAGUCAUCAGAUGGCGUGUCGUGCGCGCUUUUCGUAUGGUUAUUGAUCGUUUGUGUCAGGACGGUUCUAAACCAACAGUGUGGCGUGACGGACGUAAAUCCCCAAAAUGGAAAAACUUUCUUCACGCUGGGUGUUCGAGGCCCGUAAUCUGUCCACAACACAUGAAAUGAUUCGAGUUGUAAAGCGAAAAAGCCUGUGUUUUCCAGGCUAACACACCUGAAAGUUUCACGUCCAUGCUCUCAGAGGAGCCGAUCCCCACCACAUUCCACUCAACGUUGGCCAGAAGUACCAAAUGAUAAGG